CGUUUUUUGGCAAUUUGCCCCGCUGCACGCGUAGCGUUGGACUCAGUGCGUCAAAAUUGCCGUGCGGGUGCCUAAGUUUCACACCUGAGCCGCAGCAAUAGAAACGCGCCAAAACGCAGUGCCAGCAUUGCUGCCAGUGUGCAGCCUGCUGCAAGCACCCACGCCGCGUCGCAGCAAGCGCAGUAUUGGCGCGUGAUCAGUGGAGCAGCGUUGCAGCAAGCACAGCAAUUGGCACGUGAUCACUGCAAGCAAUGGCGGCACUCGACGAGACGGACGCCGCCGAGGACAAUGAGGACAUCUUCGACCCGGGCCUCUUCCUCAACGAGGACUACGUCGAGCACGCCUACGAGCUAGGAGACGGCGCCCAGCAAACGUGCCUCUGCCUCGAGGGCGCGUCGACGGACCACGAUUUGACGGGUCAGGUCGUCUGGCCGGUGUCGGUCGCGCUCGCGCGUUUUGUGGCCGCGCGUCUGGAUUCAUUGAAGGGCCGGCGCGUCGUCGAGGUCGGCGCGGGCACGGCGCUCGCGGGCCUCGCGGCGGCCCGCGCCGCUUGCGCGAGUGUUGUGCUGACGGACGGCUCCGACGUGAUCAUGCAAUUGCUCGAGCGCGCGCUGGCGUCAUCAAACGUGACCGCAACUCUAAAAGCGCCGACGUCCGCGCGCAAGCUGCUCUGGGGCGACCGCGCGUCCUUCGACGGCAUUGGAACUUGUGAUGUCGUCCUGGGCGCGGACGUCGUGUGCUGGCCGCGCCUCGUGGAGCCUUUACUACAAACCGUGCGCGCGUUAUUGCGGGGGUCGGACGACGGCGUGUUUUACUGCGGUUUUGUUAGUAGGAGCCAAUUGACGGAGCGGCUCUUCUUCGAGAAAAGCGAGCGUUUUGGUUUUGUGAUACGCGAGCACACUCUAGAAUCCUUCCUGCCGGACCCCGUGCCCGAGGCCUGUCGCUCGAAUAUGGAGUUGAGGGUACUCGAGCUCCGGCUCCGCGGCGACGCGCGCGGCGCGCCGGACGUCUUCGCUUCGGACGACCCGGCGAAUGCUGAAGCCACGGGCGACAUCGCGUGUUGAGACUUGUGGCGCCAGACCCACGCCAUCGACGCGGCACCUUUGUGCUGAGAGAACAUUGUAAUAUUUAAUUGUGC